AAAAAACGAUGCUCUGGCAUCAGGGAGUAUGACUGUUCAUCACUCAUUUCUCAUGUCAGCUUACAUCUGUUACGACUCAUAGCAUGGCGAUGAUGAUUGACCGGUUGGUUUUGUGGACAAUUGAAACUGGGCUGAUCACCAGUCUGAUGGCCAUUGCAUUGGCGACGUGGUUUCUAGUCGUGAAGCAGAACUUAUGGUUUAUGUGGCCUAAUGUUGUGGGGAACUCUUUGUUGGCCUCGUCAGUCGCCAAACGGGCUCGACAAAUGACAAACACAAUGAACUUACCGAUGUGACAUACAGGUUAAAUCGGCGGUUACUUCUUCGGGAGAGUUGGAGGGGCGAUGUCCAGAUUC